AUGAGCGACAAGAUCAAGGAUGUUCUCUCCUGGCGCUCUCUUCUGGUUAUCGCCGUCAUCUACCUCGUGAUUGUGCGUAUUCUUCGCUACCACAAUCUACGAAGGAUCAAUCAACGGUAUGGACAAUUCACCGCCAAUGCGAACAGUCUCGAUUACAAAUCAGCCCAUGAAAUCAUGAAACUAGGCUUAUUGUACGAAUUUCCAUUCAUGUGGGGAUUCGGCACGCAAUGGGCUUUGGUCAAGUCGUAUGGAAUCGCCAACGGGACCAAACUCUUGGUGCAAACGCGACAAUUGACGGACGAAAAGACAGUCGGCAAACGCGCUGAAGACACCGGCGUCUUUCUCGGUGAGAUCUUGGUCAUGGGAGUCGAUUCGGAGCGCGGGAUGCGUGCCCUGGCCAAAAUGAACUGGCUGCAUCGUCGCUACGGUGCGAAGAUCACCAAUGGUGACUUGAUCCACACUCUUGCACUCUUUAUCCUCGAAUCGCAGAGGUGGAUCGACGCUUAUGAAUGGCGGAAGCUGACGGAUCUGGAAAAAGUCGCCUCGUUCGUCUAUUGGAAGGAAAUUGGUAAUCGGAUGGGUAUCAAAAACAUUCCGGACACGCUUGACGAACUCAAGACUUGGACUGUCGCGUAUGAAAAGGAUCAUAUGUUUUACACAGACGACAACAAAGCGUGCGUCGAUGCAACGGUCAACCUUUUUUUGAGGAAGACUCCUCAGUUUCUGCACGGCGCCGUCAGGACUGCCACUGCCGCUUUCUUGGAGCCCUAUGCUCGACCGAGCCUCGGUGUGCAGGAUCCUCCAUAUUGGGUUGAACAAUUUGUUCACAUCAGUUUCAGAAUCCGCGCAUUCCUCGUCAGGCACACAUUCCUGCCGCGGAUUGAAAGUCCCUUUCGCACCGUUCAAGGGUCGGACGGUCGCCUACAUCGACGACAAUACCUGUUUGAGCCUUGGUACGUCCAAGAGACAUGGAGGUCGCGUCUCUCCUCAAUACUUGGACUGUCUUCUGGACCUCAUCCUGGCCCCAAGUUCAAGAGCGAUGGGUUCUUGCCAGAAGAACUAGGACCGCUAAAAUAUGAACACGUGGCCAACAAGGCGGUAGCUCUUGAAGUCGAACAGUUGAACGAGUACUGUCUCAGAGGAGGAGCAGCUGGGACAGGUUGUCCCUUUGCUUUUCAUGGGUGA